AUGUGGCACAAAGCCAUAUUCGUCAUCACGGCGGUAACGUUGAUGCUCCUGACGAGUGUCAAUGUUGUCGCCGCUACGGGUGCCAUCGCGGACUUCAACACCAUCGACGUUUCCACCGAAGCUACCUUCACCGACGUACUCUCCAAGCGCGACCUUUCUAUCGGACCUCACCUUGCCCCCAUGGACUUCCCUCACGACAACCCCUUGAACAUCACCGAAGAGGAGGCCCUCAAGUACGAACACAAGGUCAUCCCCGUCGACAAGGAGAUCUGGGACCACCUCGUCAAGACCAACGGCCUCGAUCGCGAGCGCCAGCUCAUCGAGGAGAACACUGAGGAGUACAACGAAUCCCUCUCCAUCAUCAACAAGCGAGUCCCUUGCGGCAGAAACAAUGAUCUCGAGAAGAACCCGCCUGACCCACAGAAUUGGUGUACUCCCAGCCCAGUCUUUGGCGACUGCCAGCUUGGUCUAUGGUGCCAAGCCGACCAGCCGGGCUUCAGAAACGUGCCUAGCCGCGGCUGGGUCUUCAAUAACGCCUGCGACCUCAUCGGAGAGAACGUGCCUUUCCAUUGGGCCGACUGGCAGGAGAUUUGCGGCGCCCUCCCCUACGUCACUCUCUUCUUCGCCCACAGGGACCGCUGGCCUCACAUGGCGUACGCUGGCAAAUACUACAGCAGCUACACCCCUGGAUGGGAGAUCUACUAUCCCGGCAUUCCGGAGGGUGGAGAAUACCCGGCUAGCUACUACUACCGUCGCACCUUUGACUGCUCGAUGAAGAAGAAGGAUGAACGUCAGAUCGGUACAGAUAUCUGA